CCGCUGUCCACUCCAAGCGAGGUCCUGAAAAGCGGCUGUUUCCGGAAGAGGCGAAGGAGGAGGAGGAGGGAGAAAAGCCUUGGAUGCAUGCGUGUAUGCAUGCAUGCGCGCGCGCCCCGUCCUCUCCGUCCCCCUCCCCCUCCCUGAGAGGCAGUUGGGUGGUGCGCGCGCGCACCCCUGAGAGCGGAGGCUCGCUUUAGGUUGGACGCAUACACACACGCACAUACUUAGAAUCAUCUCACGCACGCGCCUUCUCUCUCUCUUUCUCGCUGUGUCUCUCAAAGAUACACACAGCACAGCAUAAGCAGUGGGGUCGGUCUGUAAAUUGUUUUCCCUUUUCUCUCUUCUCUGCAAACUUUCCUGGCGCGAGGAAGGAAAGAAGGAAGGGAGGAAGGAAGGAGCGCGUGGCGUGUCGGUUGCGAGAGAGAGGGAGGGGGAGUUGGAGGAGCGUGGCGCGCGCCCGCCGCGAGCAAAACACGCCUCCGCGGUCUCUCUCUCCAUCUCUCUCUCUCUCUCUCUUGCGCGCGGCGGGGGGAUAUGCCGCUGGCAGGCUCCUGCUGCCGCCGCCGCCACUGCCUCUUCUUCCUCUUCCUCUUCCUCCUCCUCUUCCUCCUCUCCGCCGCCGCUUCUGGCGCCUCUCCAAGCGCAACUUCUUCCCGCCAACUUCUUCUUCCUCCUCCCGAGGCUCGGCUCUGAAGGCGAGCCUAGGAAAAGGGCAGAAACGGAGGUCCACAUCUCUCUUUCGAUCUCUCUCGCAUCAGGACUCGGGACUUUCCUCGAGGGCGGCUGAGGAAGGGGAGAAAGGGGAGACAAAAGGCCCCAAGUAAGUCGAAGGGAGGAAGGAAAGACGACAACCCGAAGAUGCGCCUGGGAAAGUAGCCUCGCGCUGUGGAAUACCCUUUUCCCUCUCCGCCUCGGACCAGCCCCUGCUUCUCCUCCUGGACCAGGAUCCAUGGCCUUUGCCGCUUGGAGGCGGGCGAACUGAGCCGCAGAGCUGAGAAAGCCACCCAGGCUCCUUUCCUCGGACGAAGAGCAGGAUCUCCGUCCGCGCUUCUCUUUUCGCCGCCGGCUUGGAGAAAGAAGGAGCCCCUCUUUCGCUUGGCCAUUCGCCCAGGGUGUUUUAUCAUUAUUAUUAUUACUACUCUUUCUUUGGACCCAACCGAGCUCUUCCCCAAGGACCCGAAAAGGACGCGUUUGAGGCUUUUUGGGAGUCCGCUUUUGAAGCCGUGUCUCGAGCGGCCGCCCAGAUGGAAAUACACUGUAAGCACGACCCCUUCGCCGCGAUGCAUAGACACGGAGGAGUGAAUCAGUUAGGGGGUGUUUUUGUGAAUGGCCGACCACUCCCUGACGUAGUCCGCCAAAGGAUUGUGGAACUUGCUCAUCAAGGUGUGAGACCCUGCGACAUUUCCAGGCAACUACGGGUCAGCCAUGGCUGCGUCAGCAAAAUUCUCGGCAGGUAUUAUGAGACUGGAAGCAUUAAGCCUGGAGUUAUUGGGGGCUCAAAACCAAAGGUCGCCACACCCAAAGUAGUAGACAAAAUAGCAGAAUAUAAACGCCAAAACCCCACCAUGUUUGCCUGGGAAAUCAGGGACAGGCUCCUCGCAGAACGAGUAUGUGAUAAUGACACAGUGCCCAGCGUUAGCUCCAUUAACAGGAUUAUACGGACAAAGGUACAGCAACCACCCAACCAGCAAGUCCCAGCCUCUAGUCACAGCAUAGCCUCCACGGGGUCAGUGACACAAGUGUCAUCCGUAAGCACAGACUCAGCAGGCUCCUCCUACUCCAUCAGUGGGAUUUUGGGAAUUACAUCUCCCAGUGCGGAAAGCAACAAACGCAAAAGAGAUGAAGGUAUUCAGGAAUCUCCAGUACCAAAUGGCCAUUCUCUUCCGGGUAGAGACUUCCUUCGGAAACAAAUGAGGGGAGAUCUUUUCACCCAACAGCAGUUAGAAGUGUUGGACCGAGUGUUUGAACGACAACAUUAUUCAGACAUCUUCACGACAACUGAACCCAUAAAACCGGAACAGUGGUGCUCCAUGCUGAUGAGGCAAUACUUGGUGCAACCCCAGACAGUCAUUUUUCAGUCAACAGAAUAUUCAGCCAUGGCCUCACUAGCCGGUGGAUUAGAUGAUAUGAAGGCUAACUUAACAAGUCCUACUUCGGCAGAUAUCGGAGCCAGCGUUCCAGGGCCACAGUCAUAUCCUAUUGUGACAGGUCGUGAUUUGGCAAGCACAACCCUCCCUGGAUACCCUCCGCACGUCCCCCCUGCUGGACAGGGCAGCUAUUCUGCUCCAACGCUGACAGGGAUGGUGCCUGGGAGUGAAUUUUCUGGCAGUCCAUACAGCCACCCGCAAUAUUCAACAUACAAUGACUCUUGGAGAUUUCCUAAUCCUGGAUUGUUAGGCUCUCCUUACUAUUACAGUGCUGCAGCCCGUGGAGCAGCACCCCCGGCAGCCGCUGCUGCUUAUGAUCGUCACUGACACAAGGAACCAAGAGGCACUUACUAAACGUAACAUGCCGGAUGACACCCCUGGAAUCAUCUAGAAUGCAACUGCAGAAAUUGGACUACAAGGAAGGUUAAAAGAAAACAUCCCCACAGACCCACACAAUGAUUGGAUUGUUAUUCUUCCAGCUAGGUGAACUGUGCAUUACUUCCUGUUUUUCAUUAACAAAAUUCGAGUGACCUUAACUGAAUCUCCUGUUUUUCUAAAAAAAAAAAAAAAAAAGAGCAAACAAAGAAUUGGUUUUGUUGACAUUCCCAGUGGCUUGCAAGAUACAGUAGCCUUGGGUUACAUACUGCCGUCUUGCUUUUGGACUGACUAGCUCUCCCUGAUGCUUUUAGCCAUGUCAAGGGAAGAGGAGCAGUUCUCAGUGCUCAGCAGUCUCUGUUGGAUGUCUCUCUUUACUGCAAAUUGUAACUGGAUGUGUGACUCCAAAACGGACCAUAUCGGUUGGGUUUCAUUUUAAGAAAGGGGCAUUAAGGAAAAAGAUUGGUCAGCUCAAAUGACAAAGCACCAAUGUAAAUAACUUGCUUCUUUGUGUUUAGAGUGGUUUAGCAUCAAACACAGCAACGUGGAAAACAUGAUGAUUUUGAAACACAUUGCAAAAUGUGUUUUGUUAUUGGUGCACUGAUUCCAAGAAUUUAGUAAGCUUUAACACAACUCUGAACCAGGUUACCAUUCAUUGUGGCUAUUUCUGGGGCUAAUGUUCUUUCUACAUACUUGACAGUCUAAUAUGUUCCAUAUGUUAGCACUGACCAUAUGAACAAAUGACAAACAUGGACAGUUAGUUCCACCUUAAUUCCUGAAUAUUGAUUUACAGUUAUUUUUAACCACACUUAGUGCUCUCACACACUUUCUGGCUUUAAGUUCAAAGAAAGAAUUCCAAAAAACACACGAAGCCUUAUGCUGAUUGAAUUAGAAUAUAUGUAGAAACUGGUUGUAUAUGGCCCGAAGUGAUAAUUAUUUUCACGAGCCAUGGUGAACUAAAACUAAUAUGAAAACUAAGCUAAGGUUAGAUUUAAUGCAGUUGAACACCACUUACAUUGCCACAGCUCAAUGCUAUGGGGUUUGUUGUUGUUUUACAAAGUUUUUUGCCUUCUCUGCCAAAGUGUUCUGGUGCCUCACCAAACUACAAACUGCCAUGGCAGUUAAAAUCAGAUUGCAUUAUUUUCACAGUUUAAAUGCAUCCUAAGUCUCUCUUAAUGUUAUUUAAAAUGUUGGAGGUCCUGGGCCAACAGCUCCCUGAAACCCAUCCAUAUGUUGAGUAUUGCUGUCAUCAAGGAGAAUGUGCUCACUCUUUGGAUUCCAUUGUAAGUGGAAUCUGUAGCUCCCAUGGAAAUCUAACCAUGGAUACCUUUCCCUUGUGGCUAUCCAUGCCCAAAAUAUGGAUAUUGGCAUCCAAAUCAAGGAGCAGUAGAGCCUAAAAGGCAGAGUUAGCAGCACUUCCUGCAGCUAUUUUAACUGUGUUAAGAUUAUUACACGCUCAACAUAUGAAAAGGAGGGGGAGGAGGUCUUAAGCAAUUCUGGUCGAAAAUCUGUGUCAUUUGGAAUAUUUGUAGAGUUCAAAGAAGACAUUUUUAGGACCACGCUUCAGGAUACAUUAAAAUAAUAUGGGCCACCGGAAAUGUUCUUAGCUGAAGAGGAUGUACAUUUACCCAGAAUAGGUUUGCAUCAUUCCUUGUGUAGAUUAUCACCCUGAUAUUUGAAAGGGGAUUAAUAGUCCUGUGGCAUUUUGUUCAAUGUUUUAUGCACCCUAUAGGCACAGAAUGAAGUUUACAAACGAUAGCAAAGGAUGGACAUCAAUCACUUGUGAUGCCAUGAAAUUCCCUUAGCUCAAAAAAGACCAUUUUAACCAGCAUUUUUUUAAAAGCAUGCAACUAAGGAUGGGCUUUCUGGACAAAAGGAAAACUAGGGUGGAUUCAGAAGGCAGUUUUUGGUCCCCAUGUAACUACCGUGUUUCCCCAAAAAUAAGACAGUGUCUUAUAUAAAUUUUUGCUCCCAGAGAUGUGCUAUGUCUUAUUUUCAGGGGAUGUCUUAUUUUUCCAUGAAGAAGAAUUCACAUUUAUCAUUGAACAAAAAAAGAACAUUAAUUAUAUACUGUACAGUAGUUGUCAUCACAAACCAACAUAACCAAACUAUCAAUAAUUUCUUGUUACCACCAUUAUUUCUAUAUACAACUGGUGUGUACAUUUACCAAUCCUGCAUGUUCUGGUGUUCUGUUUGGUGGGCGUCGGGCAUGCUUUCAAACUAAAACUUUUCUAGGUCUUACUUUCAGGGGAGGCCUUAUAUUUAGCAAUUCAGCAAAACCUCUACUAGGUCUUAUUUUCAGGGGAUGUCUUAUUUUUGGGAAAACAGGGUAGGAGUGGUGAAUCUGUUCUGAGUUUUAGUCUAAACUUUGAAAGAAUUGUCUGAGGUGAAGAAUGUGUUCAAGGUGCAUAGGGUUCAGCACUGUGAUUAAUUCCUUAACAUCUCAGUGGAGUUGGUAAGAAGAUACACUUUGGAAGAGAGAACCCCACUGGAAGGAGUAUGCUUAACUUCCACCAACAGACAGCAAUUUGCCUGCUAAACUGCUCUCCUUGUGCUGUUUCCCACCUGCUAAAGUUUCCUGAUAUGUAUUGGACAUGGCAGGGAGUAAAGAGCUAGGAAAUUAUUGUAAAACAUUGUGGGUGAAAGACAUGUUGUAUCUCUCUGCUGCUUCUCUUCUCCAGAUCAGAAACUCUUAUCACAGCACUAAGUGUUUGACAGCCUCCAGUGAGUAUAAAGUUUGGCUCUCUAAAAUAUAAUUAGACGAUUUUACAUAUUUCUUUUCAGAUGAAUUUCUAACUUAUAUAGUGAACCUUCCUUUAGCAUUUAAAUGAUAGGAAAAGGAGAUGCUAUAUGAUAACAUAAACCCUGCAUAGGAUACAAAUAUUGCAGUACAUUAAAUCCAAUCACUGCAAGUUCAAAGAAACAUAUGGGAGAAAUUCCAGCAAGAUGGAAAGAGUUUUGAGGGGACACUGAUUUAUCAUCCAAAGGGGCCAACAACAGAUACAGUUCAUGCACAUAGCACCAAAUUAGAUGCUUGUGUAAAAUAUCAUUUUGUUGUUGUUAUGUGCCUCCCAAGUUAUUUCCAAUUUAUGGUACCCUUGAGCAAAUCUGUCAUGGGGUCAGCCUUCCUCUGAGGCUGAGAGAGUCUGAUCUACUCAAGGUCACCUAGUGGGUUUCCAUGGCUAAAUGGGGAUUUAAACCCUAGUCUUCUGGGAUGUUAGUUCAACACCCAAACCACUACACCAUCCUGGCUCUCUCCCUGCCUUGUUUUCAUAACAGAUUACUACUUCUUAGGGAAUCACAUAUCAAAGGGACUUAAGUUUUAAAGAAACCUUCUAGGCAUGCUUUAAAGAAAAUUUAGCAGAUGUGCUCUCUCCAGUCCAGAACAUUAUUAAAAGAAUCCUACUGCAGAAGAAAGGAAGGUUAGUUGCAACUAGCUCUAGGCCUGAAACCACUCGCUCUAGAAAAUUCCUUCCAGUUUUCAUAUCUGUUGAAUAUUGAUCGGCCACUCUCAAAAGAUUUGGAGGUGUGACUCUAUUUUGAUAAGCCCUAGAAAGAGUGGAUGCUUAUCUGAAACAUCUCCAGUUCUUUUGAGGUUUAUUUUUUCUUCUCUUUGUCUGAUCUCAAAUAUUUUUCCUGGGGAACUGCAUUAAUUAUAAUGGGUUAAACCCAAACAUUUGGUGGGUCUAUUCCAAGCAUGAACUACGCUUAGAGUUCGACCCACUGAAAUCCAUAGGACUUUUACUCCAUUAACUUCAGUGGUUCUGCUCUAAGCAUGCCUUAGGUUGGAUCUACACUACCAAAUAAUGGUUUGAACUGCAUUACAAGUGUAGAAUCAUAUAAUGUACUUCAAUGCACUGCAUGGGUCUACACUGACCAGGUAGUGCAGUUCAAACUGCAUUAUUUAGCAGCAUGGAUCCAGCUUUGGUCUGAAUCCAACCUAUCAUUUCUCAGAAAGAAAGAAAGAAAGUAUAUUUCAUAUUAUAAAGUCAGUUUUAAGUCACCAUUACCCUAGUUAGGAUUCUUUUAUAGCAAAAAAUAUUGUAAGUUUCCAAGCAGUCUAGACAGAAUAUAUAAAACAGAACUUGAUAAAUCUCUUUAAUUUAGAAUCUGAAUUAUCAGUUCCCCCACAAGUAUUUUGUGCCAAUAUUUAAGCUUUCAUUCUGUAAAAAAGGAAAUUAACUUUUAAAAUAAAACUUUAGGCAAAAGAAAUGUGGGUUAUUAAUUCUAUAUAGUAAAAUAACCAGUAUUGUUUCAUUGAUAUCCAAGCACACUGCCUAUGGGGUUUCCCUUGUUCUGGAAGAGCAGCCAUAUUUUAUGGCUGUAUUUACAGCCACACUGAUUAAAGACUGUCUUAAGCAUAUGAUUCAAUGGAUUCACUUGAUGUGUUUCGUCAUCAGCCAAACACAUCAAGUGAAUCCAGCAGAUUCUUUCUCACCACCCCAUUUCCCUUGGAAUAAAAAUAAGUGUUAGCCUCUAAACUGAUGUAUUUAUUUUUUAGGUCAGACUGCAAUUUAAUACAACUCUUUUCUUAUAUUUAUGCAAAUGGCAAGUUAAAUAUUUGGAAUAAUCAAUGCCCCAUCUUAAUUACUAUAUACAAAAGGUGACAGCAGAGCAUUUUUAUGGCCGAUGUAUGGUGGAGCUGUGAGCGUGUGUACAUGCCAUAUACAUACAUACACAUGCUUGCACACUCAGAUUCCCUCAGAGCUGACCCAAAGCCCAUUAUAACCAGUCUUUCCCCCAGUUUAUUUCCCAAGUCUGCACUGACAAUGUUAGGGAUUUUUCUCUUGGUGUUAUAAGGCAAAACCCAUGAGCGAGCUGGUAUGCUAUGCACACAUUUUCACUUUGUGGUUUUUGUAUCAGAAGACAAUUACUGGCAGUCCCCAAGUUACAAACAAAAUAGGUUCUGUAGGUUUGUUCUUGCUGAAUUGUAUCUAAGUUGGAAUAGAUACAUUUUAAGUAUAAUUCUUAUCUAUUCCUGUUCAGAAAAUUUCAUCUUACUUUCUGUCCCUGUGGUAAUUGGAUUUUGAAAAAAAUGGCUUGUUGUGGAACAAGGAUUGGUGAGAAAGCUUCAGUGGAGACACCUUUCCCCCAUGAUAACCCUUUCAAGAGGGGAUUUCCCUUCCUAUGAGUAGAUCUCUCCCUGUUGUUGCACCUCCUUUCUUAACUAUAAGUUACUUCUAAGUAGGAUGUUUGUAACUCGGGGACUGCCAGUGGCAUCUUAACUCUAGGAAGCUACAAUGCCUUCUUAAAGAAAUCUGUGGAGGAAAUAUAUCUGUGACAAGGAGACUCUUGUAUGGAGGUGAUGGGGGCCUUUUAAUGCCUGGCAUCCAGAGAGCUGUGCUUAGGUACAUCUGAGAUCUUGGGUGUGCAGGUAGAUCUUCCUUUGAAGAUCUAUUUAGAAACCAUACUAUCUCACAAUUUGCUUUUGAAUGUCCUCCUCAGUUUUAAACAUUGUUUGCCACCAGACAUUGGAGACUGCUGCCUGAGAAACAUGAACACAAAGCCCACUUGAGGGAGGAGAGUAGAACUAGUUGCACUGUGCUUUGGAUCCUGGCCAAUGCAAACAGAUGGUAACUAAUAAAGUAUACAUUUAAUUUUCCUCCAGAAUGAAUUCUGCAAAAAUAUAAUGCAUGAACAAGCCUUCAAUCUUCCCUUUGUUUUGCUCAGCCUUAUGUUGGAAGAAACACUGUCCUGGUUUGUCACUUUUUAGCGGCCUUUGAAAACACAGAAGAAGAAAAAAAAACCCCAUGUUCCAUUGCAAAUAGAAUCCCUUUCUGAACGAAUGCUACUUUUUCUCAAAGACAGACUUGUUUGUAUUAAUGAUAUCCAGCAUAAAAGAAAUAAAUGUUGAUUGUAUUCACCAAAGUCUCUGAUGGCUGUUUAGAAGCUUACUUUUAAAAACCAACAAAAUAGACAAAACAAAUAAGUAACAAAAAAAAAUCCACAAUUGAAUUGCCUUUGAACGUAGGAGAUGAAUCAGUCUCCACACAGAUAAAAUUGCUUCUUAAAAUGUGUAUGUUUUGUAUUCUUUUUUUCUAGUAGGAAAAGAACUGACUUGAAAUCUUGGUGUUUUUUUCUUAGUGCUGUGUGUUGCUUUUGUGUGUAAUAAUAUUUGAAUGUAAUGACAGCAGUGCCAAUUUGCCAAAGAUGUCGGAUAUUUUGUUUUGUUUUAUUUCGUUUGGGGGUUUGGGUUAUUUUUUUUGGAGCUGGGUGGGUGUUUAAGAGGUGGGUCAAAGGGAGGGGCCUUUGGGGAAGAUGUUGAUUUCUUUUUUGCUUUGGUUCUGAAUUUUCAUGUCAAUACUGGACUUUGUGAUUUUUAUUCUAAGUUAAAUGGUUGACUGCAAAACAUUUUAUUUUAGAUUAGUUGAAGAAACAUGCAAUAAGAUUGGCGUAGUUUCAAUAUCUGUGUGUCUUUUCAUGAGAGUGACUGUUACUUGUGAACAUUUUGAUUUUAUGUAACCUUUAUGUGAGAUAAUUAUUUGUAAAUAUUUACCAUAAUUUUAUUGGUUCCAAAAAUAAAAGUAAUUUUUUUAAGUUCAAGAAAA